UUGUAUUUACAGAACGGAGGGACUACUUGGUGGCAUCGGCCAGAAGUCGAUUCCGUUUGUUACAUAACAGAGAAACUUAAAAAGUUCUCUACGCCUCUCACGAAUUGACAUGAAAGUAAUUAUUCACCACAAAACGAGUCUCCUCCAAUGAAGGGAAAAUUGUCGCCGAAACGAAAGUAAAGGUGAGGUUGACAACAUGUGGACGAUGUGAGUGCUCCAUAGCCACAUACAGAGCAGCUAUUUGUUCAAUUUUUUUAAUAAUCUCAGACCCAGAUCAUGGCGUCCCUCAUACCGUUCAAGUUUCCAACAUCUGCUUCUUACACAUCAACAUUUACACUUGAUGAAAAACACAAUUUUGCAGGCCAUUUAACGGAUUCCACCACAUGGCUUCCUAAAGUUAGGCCUUCCAGAUUGAUGACUAGAGCAGAAAAAAAAUUCAACCUGUGGGAGCUAUUAGGAGGAAGAGGACUUGCAGGAGGUGAAGAACGAGUUAUAACAGAGUUCCAGAAACAAAUACCGUCUAAUUCAAUUGAGCAGCCUUCAAAGUUUUCAAGUGAAGAUCAAAAUGAGCAGAAAGGCCCUGCAGGUAUGGUUUCUGCUACUUCUACUGUUGAUGAUAGUGCCUUCGAGAAGGAACUACAAGGUUUGACAGGUGGGUUCCCUGGUGGUGAAAAGGGCUUACAAAAAUUUCUUAAGGAUAACCCACCUCCAGCUAAACAAUUUGGUUCCUCUGAAUCGGAAACUAUGAAUUUGUCAAAGUCUAAGGCGCCACCCUUACCACUUUUAAUGCCAGGUAUGAUUGUAAUUGUAAAGAAUCCCAAGAACCCUUAUCACAUGUACAGUGGAAUUGUGCAGAGGGUUACUGAUGGAAAGGCUGGAGUGCUUUUUGAGGGUGGGAAUUGGGAUAAACUUGUGACUUUCAAGCUUGAGGAUUUGGAAAGAAGGUCCAAGGGUCCACCCAUGUCAAAUCCGAAGUCUGCGAUUCUGGAAAAUAUUAAUAUCCCAUGAAUUUUAAAAUUUUUUGGUCUGUUUGAUUGGAAGAAUAUUUUUAGCAGCAUUGUUAGGUAAACAUGUAAUUCAUUUGUAUCUUUUUCAGUGAGCUAAUGAGGAUUUGUAGAAAAAAUUCGAUCCGUUUGUAAGCAGCACUGAAUUCAUUUGUAUCAUUUUCAGUAAGCAAUUGAAGAUUUAUUUGAUUUU